AUGUUCCGGAACGCCCUCCGACAGUCCACGCGUGCCGUGGGCGCCGUCUCUGCUGCCGGCAGAGUCGCCGCGGUGAGUCCUUCUCCUCAGACCCGAAACCGACCGCCAAUGCCAUCGAAAGCCGCCUGCAUCCAUCGGGAAAACCUUGCCAGGAGCUCAAUUGGGCAUAUGGACAAGCUUUUUACUGGAUUUCAUCGUCCUCAAGGCGCGGGCGGUGGUGUCCGAAAUGCCGCACCCGCCGUCGUCACCGGUCUGCAGGCUCGAUCCUACGCCGACAAGGCCUCACCAACUGAGGUCUCCUCAAUCCUCGAGCAGCGCAUCCGUGGUGUCCAGGAGGAGUCUGGCCUUGCUGAGACUGGCCGUGUCCUUUCUGUCGGUGACGGUAUCGCUCGUGUCCACGGUCUUGCCAAUGUGCAGGCUGAGGAGCUGGUUGAGUUCGCCUCCGGUGUCAAGGGUAUGUGCAUGAACCUCGAAGCCGGCCAAGUCGGUGUUGUGUUGUUCGGUUCCGAUCGUCUCGUCAAGGAAGGCGAGGCUGUCAAGCGUACUGGUGCCAUUGUCGACGUUCCCGUCGGUACUGAGCUGCUUGGCCGUGUUAUUGAUGCUCUUGGUAACCCCAUUGACGGCAAGGGCCCCCUCAACACCAAGGAGCGUCGCCGUGCUCAGCUCAAGGCUCCCGGCAUUUUGCCUCGCAAGUCUGUCAACGAGCCCGUCCAGACUGGAUUCAAGUCCGUCGAUGCCAUGGUUCCCAUUGGCCGUGGUCAGCGUGAGUUGAUCAUUGGUGAUCGUCAGACCGGCAAGACUGCCGUUGGUCUUGACACCAUCCUCAACCAGAAGCGAUGGAACAAUGGCACCGACGAGUCCAAGAAGCUGUACUGCGUCUACGUAGCCAUUGGCCAGAAGCGAUCCACCGUCGCCCAGCUCGUCAAGACUCUUGAGGAGAACGAUGCUAUGAAGUACUCUAUUGUUGUUGCUGCCACUGCCUCCGAGGCUGCUCCUCUGCAGUACCUUGCUCCUUUCACUGGUGCUUCGGUUGCCGAACACUUCAGAGACACAGGCAAACACGCUCUGGUGAUUUACGACGAUUUGUCCAAGCAGGCCGUCGCUUACCGACAAAUGUCUCUGCUGCUCCGUCGUCCCCCUGGUCGUGAGGCCUACCCUGGUGACGUUUUCUACCUGCACUCUCGUUUGCUUGAGCGUGCCGCCAAGCUCAACAAUGACCACGGUGGCGGUUCCAUGACUGCCCUGCCCAUCAUUGAGACUCAGGGUGGUGAUGUGUCCGCCUAUAUUCCCACCAACGUCAUUUCCAUUACCGACGGCCAGAUCUUCUUGGAGUCCGAACUUUUCUACAAGGGUAUCCGUCCCGCCAUUAACGUCGGUCUUUCCGUCUCUCGUGUCGGUUCUUCUGCCCAGCUCAAGGCCAUGAAGCAGGUCGCUGGUUCCCUGAAGCUUUUCUUGGCCCAGUACCGUGAGGUCGCCGCUUUCGCCCAGUUCGGUUCCGAUCUGGAUGCCGCCACCAAGCAGACUCUGGCCCGUGGUGAGCGUUUGACCGAGCUCCUGAAGCAGAAGCAGUACUCUCCCAUGGCCGUCAACGAGAUGGUUCCUCUCAUCUUCGCUGGUGUUAACGGUCAUCUCGACAACGUCCCCGUCGACAAGAUUCUGCAGUGGGAGUCUGACUACCUUGCUCACCUCAAGGCCAACGAGGCCGAUCUCCUCAACACCAUCGAGAAGGAGGGCGCCCUCAGCAAGGAGACCGAGGCCAAGCUGAAGGAUGUUACCGUGUCCUUCAUCAAGAGCUUCCUCGGCUAA